AUGCUGAUCCAGAAAAAUGCAAUAAAUGGUGAUAAUGAGAGAAUAUGCAGGGAAUUAGACUUGGAGGCUCGAGCGGCAAGACGGAAACAGAUAGAAGACUUCUUUACUGAUCCCGUGGACCGGGAGCUAUUUCCAUUAGAUCCCCCUGAUAUCCCAACAAGCCGUACCUACCGACCAAUUGAGAUACCGACAGCAGAAGAGAGCAUUUCGAUAAUGUUGGCAAAAUACAGCGCAGCCUUGAGGGACAAAGACUUCAUGCGGGAGGUGUAUGAAUAUCGCCGUUUACCGAGGCCACCAGCCCGGGGACUGGCACCACUAUCCUAUGAUUGGCUGACACUAAACACGUACUCUGGACUGAUGCAAUCCACAGAACAACUGGAUCUCAGGGACCCACAGGUCAACGCAAAUGUCCAACAAACGCUUGAUACCGAAAUUGAAACUACAGACGAUCAAGGAAUGAAAGAAUGUGAUCCAUGUUUUAGCGUUGAUGAGGAAGAGAAGAGUAAACAUCAAACAUCUUGGUUCGUUCAACUUUUCUGUUGUGGCGCAAACUCCAUUCCAAAGAAGGUCAGACAAAAAAAUAGAGAAAAAAGAAAAGGGUUUCUUUCUCGACUUAGGAGAGUUUUUUGGGGGGAAAAAAAAGAACUCGAGUUACCACGAGAAAAUUUCUUUGUGAUAUCGUGCAAUAUUUGA